AAUGGAUAUUAAAAUAAUAACUUAAAGAGAUACAUUCUUAAUCUACAAAGAGAUCUAAACAUUAAAAGAAUUAAAGGACGAAAUGAAAUUAAAGGGGAUAUAAACAAGAAAAAUAAUCAUUUAGUACCAAAGCUAUUUCUACUUAAGCUUAGCUUUUAUGAUAAUGAUUAAGAUAAAGUUGUGAUAAUAAAUGACGAAGAUCUUUAGUAUGCUUACCAGUAAUCCAAGGCAGUAAAAAAGUAGUCGAUCAAAUUUUAUGUUUAUUAUAAAUUGAGUCAACCUAAGAUAAUCUUUUAAGAACCCUAGAUAGGAAUUUCAGUAUAACAGCCUUAAAAUGAUUGGAUAAAUUCAUCCUUUUAGAAAGAUAGCAGUCAAUCAUUAAUAUAUUCCAAUCUACAGAAUAAUAAUUCAUUUUGUUAAAAUAGAUUUUGUAUUAUACCAGAGCCAGAGCCGACAAGAGAAGAAAAAUUAAAAUAGGUUGUUGAUUCAUUCAUUGAUUAAAUAUUAAGAGAGGAAUACAAAAUAUUAUGA